AGUUCGAUUGUGAUUAAAGGUGAGCAUUGGGCAUCCCAAUGAAUGCCUGUGACUUCACACUCCAACCUCGCAGGCAUCCUGGUGCAAUGGGCGUCGCCUCCCCCGCAGUUAACAAAGGAAUCUUCUGUAGUUAUUGUGCUCACCGUAGGGGGUGACGAAGCAUUGCGCACGGAGCCGCUCGCCCGGCGAUCGGAUGUAGUAUGGCGCAUGGAGAACGAAGUUUUACAGACUCCGCUCGGCGGCCAAGUGUUCAACUUGGAGGUGAAAUCCCGGAAUGCCGAGCAUGCUUCUGAUACGCCUAUCGGUCAUGUACAGGUCAAUUCCGACGAGCUGCUCGCGCUCUGCUUGCAGGGCCACGUGAUGACUGCGAUCGCGCUGUCUACGAGACAAGAUGACCCUGAUGCGAAAAUUGAACUGGAAUUUGUGGUAUAUGUCGACAAGAACUUCGAGGCUCGUUCGCAUGGUCAUGCACUUGCCAGUAGCGAUGGACCCUCAAGGAAGCUUGAUCAUACAUUUUUCCUCGCCAAUCAGCUCAGCGACACGUACGCCGAUAAAUGGACCUUUCUAAUGACCAUCGGCACUCACUAUUUCAAUGGUCUGCGCACAUCCCAUGACGCUCUCGCCCUGCCGAAAGCACUGGCCGCAUUUGACGAAGCCAUCAGAUUGAUACUCAACGUCGUUCCUCUCAAGUCGGACCAGCAAGACUUUCUCCGUGCCAUGAUGGAAAUUUAUGUGGCCGUGACAUCUGAGGCAGUGGCUUUCGAAUGUGAUGCCAAAGCCAUCGACAGCCUUAGCGCCAUGCUCAACAAUUCGUCUACGAUAUUCUUGAUGCUCUAUGACCGCUUCGGGGACCGCGGAGACCUACGCAAGGCUAUCGAACUCUGCGAACAGGCUAAAGCACGUGUGCCCAGAGACCAUCCUGACACAUCCAUUCAUCUGCACCGAUGGGGCGUGGCGACCUUGUCCCGGUUCCGCUUUUCUGGUGCAGUCCGGGAUAUCAACGAAUCCAUCGCGUCACUCGAGCGAUCAGUGCGCCUCCCGCCGGAAUCGGAUGUCAUUUUCCUAUCCCGCAGACUAUCCAAUCUCGGCACUGCGUACGUUUUGCGGGCCGAAUAUGCGCGCGAUCUCCAAGAUGUCACCAAGGCAAUUGCUGCUCACACGAGGGCCAUCGCCUUCAAGGAGGAUUACGUCAGUCUGCUGGAGCUUGGCGAUGCCGUCUUGCUGCGCUUCAUGUUGCAGCGAGACCUCGCGGAUGCCGAAGUCGCAGUUGUGACGCUAGAGAGGGCGUUGGACCUUGUUCCUGACGGACAUCCCGAGCUGCGGCGAUGUUUGGGCAACCUGGCAGUUGCGUAUCAUAAUCGGUUCGAAGCCACCUACAGGCUCGAGGAUAUCGACAGCGCGGUGGAAAUGGCCCAGCGUGCGUUGGACGCCUUGGUCGAUACCGGGGAUAAUAGUCCCGAGAGAGCAAUGCAUCUUGCAUCCCUCGGCAACGCGCAUAUGGUUCGCGCCGAGAUUCUUCUGGAGGUCCAGGACCUUCACGACGCAAUCAAAGCUCUCAAUCAAGCCGUCGAGCUUACGCCUUCGGGCCUUGCCCAUUUGCAGAAACGGCGUUACAACCUUGGAAACGCGUAUUCCCAACGAUACCAACGUCUGCACGAUCCCCGAGAUGUCGAUUGCGCGAUUUCCGAAUUCGACGCCUCGCUCAAGCUCCUACCCGAAGGACACGCAGACCAACCCCUUUGUCUAUCUCAGCUAGCGGAGGCGCUGACCGCGAAGUUUGAAGCAACUUCGAGCGUGGAAGAUAUCGACCGUGCGAUAUAUUUGAGCUUAGGAGCACUGGACGCGGUGAAAAGAGGGGAUUAUCGGCGACGCUCUAUGUUGUCACACCUAGCGAAGUCUUACAUCUCAAGGUUCGAAGCGUUCCAGGACCCUAUCGACCUCGAUGAGGCCGUGCGACGAUACGAAGAGGUCAUGGAUCUCGCUGUAACAGAUGCGGAGGGCCCCGACAAACAAGGUGAUGCAAUGCGUCUCGCUCGCGCAUUGGAGCGACGUUUCAAGUACAAAAAUACUUCCGAUGACAUCGAUGCGGCCAUCGUCAACUAUCGCCUGGCUGCGACAACGCCGAAUGGAGUGCCUUGGACUUCCUUCCUUGCCGCUAAGUAUUGGGCCCGUGCAGCUAGGACUCGUGGCGAAGAUGGCCUAGCAGUCGCCUUGCAUGCGUACGGUAUGGCAGUCGAACUCCUGCCGCGCGUAGGGUGGAUUGGACAGACGAUAGCCAAGCGUCACUCACAGCUCGUGGCUAUGGGGAGUUCGCUAGCCACCGAGGCCGUAGCCGUGGCUGUUGCGCUAGGCGAACACCGCUUAGCUAUCGAGUGGCUGGAACAGGCGCGUACGAUUGUCUGGGGCCAACACUUCAAGUUGCGAUCAUCCUUCGACGACCUACGGGUAGCGGCACCGGAACUGGCGACUGAACUUGACCGUGUCUCACGAGCUCUCGACACCGCCGGUUCCAGAGACUUCGCUCCCACGACCGAUGUAUUAGGAUUCAUACGCGAGACAGCCGUAGCUGCGGGGGGACGUAUCACCGCAGAUGAAUGGAAAAAGCUUCAAAGUCACCUUACGGAUCUCUCGGACUUCCUGAGCUCAGUGGGCGCCCGCAUGGAGGUCGUGACUGCCAGAGAGCGGUUAGCGCGCGAGCAGCGCAGGCUAGCGGAGGAAUGGGAGAGGCUGGUAGCGCGGAUCCGGACUGUCCCUGGCUUCGAGGAUUUCUUGCGGCCGAGGUCUUAUUCGCAGAUUAUGAAGACUGUCGUUCACAGUCCCGUGGUUGUGGUCAAUGCUGAUCGGCUUCGAUGUGAUGCGCUUGUUCUGAUGGAGGGGCGGGACGAAAAUCAAGUCAUUCAUAUCUCCCUCGAGUCGUUCACUUUCGACCACGCACAACGCCUUCAGAGCGGUCUCUCGAGGCUGUUGUCUGCUCAAAACCUUCGAGAACGCUCUACGAGAGCCGCGAGGAUGGUACCCACGGAUCCUUCUGUGACCGGUAUAGACACCAUUCUCGCAGAACUAUGGAAAGGAGUGGUGAAACCUAUUUUAGAAUCGUUGCCAGUGGCACUUCCGCCGGCAGCCGGUGAUGACCUGCCUCGUCUUUGGUGGUGUCCUACAGGUCUAUUUGCAUCACUUCCACUUCAUGCAGCAGGUGUUUAUACAGAUGACGAACCGGGGACUAAGCUAUCUGACUUUGCCAUCCCUUCGUAUACACCAACACUCACUCCGUUCACGUUGACGCGACGUUCGCCUUCGACUGGGGAAUUUCACGGCAUACUCAGCGUCAGCCAGACGGCAACCCUACCUAACGCCGAAAUCGAAUCACUGCGUAUCCAAGAGAUGGCUCAGGAUCGCAGUGUUGACUGUCGCUCUUUGCGGAAUGAAGAGGCGGUGAUACAAGCUGUUCUCGAUGGCCUAGAUCACUACGGCUGGGUUCACUUCGCGUGUCACGGAGUGCAGGACAUCGAAGAGCCGACCAAUAGCCAUUUCGUGCUGCACGACGGGUCGUUGACGAUGCUGAAGCUGAUCGCCGCGUCCUGCGAGAAUGCGGACUUCGCCUUCCUCUCUGCCUGUCAAACUGCUAUGGGCACCGAAAUGCUCCCAGACGAAGCUGCCCACCUAGCCGCGGGAAUGCUCGCCGCCGGGUUCAAGAGCGUCGUCGGUACGAUGUGGUCAAUUCAGGAUUCGGUCGGCCCAAUUGUGGCAGAACAAGUGUACAAGACCUUGCUAUCUGGUACCGCGGAGCCCGAUAGUUCGCAAGCGGCUGUGGCUCUCCAUUACGCUGUACAGGUGCUGCGUGCGCAGGAUCACUCGAAGUCCUUUUGUUGGGUGCCGUUCGUCCAUUUUGGGCAGUGAAUGUAUGCGUCGUGACCGCGGCACUUGAUGUGUAGAUAUGUACUAAGUAGAGACUGGUGCCAAGAUCCAUGCUAAGCUACUGUAUAUCUGACGAGACACGAUGCGUGCAAAAUAUCAAUUAUGUAGCUGUAACAAUUGAUAUCAAUGUCGUGAGAAUGCCACAGUACUGUAACCUGGCAGUUUGACACCGU